AUGGCAUUCCUUCGCAAGAGAAGCGGUAGCCAGUGCUCGUUUACCGAAGGAGAAGAUGAGAUUACUGUAAGGAGGAUAGAGCAAACAGAUCUCACGCGCAAGGCACGAUCAGACACAAUUCAGUCUGCGAGAUCCUCAUGCUCAAGCGUCGACAUUUCGGACUUUGCAAUCCACGAUUCUUGCGUUAUGCGUAACUUCCCAAAACAUAAGUCCUCACAUCUUCGGUUCUUGGCGUGGGUUGCAUACGUCCGCAAAUAUACCGACGAGUAUAUCACGGAAGAUGAGCGUAGGACAUGUCCCUUAUUAUGGUGUAGAGAGGUCUUCGCGAACCAAGAAGCCAUGCUCCAACAUGUAUGGAACUGUCCAAAUCUUUCUAAAGGACUGUAUUGGUGCUUCCAUUGCCAAAAACCGGAGCGAGUCGGAAAGUUCAAUUGCAAAAGAUGUCAAGGAGCUCCAUCCCGGACCGAUCGUAUGACCUCGGUUGCGAAGAAGAUAUUCUCAAAGCUUGGGGCCAAACCACAUCGAUCAGAUCACAAUACGAAUUCAUCAUCAUCGGAUUCCCCACAAAAUUCCUCAAAGAGCUUCGAGCAGUCGGAAACCCCCGUUCCUCCCUAUUUCCAAGACCCCUUAAUGAGCUGGAGCCAUUCAAGUACCCAGGAAUUGCCAAACUCGUCUCUCAUCCCUGAAAUGGCUGGUGACUGGACAGCUGCAUCGCAUGAGUUACCCGAUACAUGUAUCUCUGAAAUGGCGGGCACCGAAUGCCCAAUUGAGCUUGCCGGUGGGAUCGAAACAUGGGAGGACAAUUUCUAUACCGAUAAUUUGGAGGACUGGGACAUACCUGCAGUAUCUUCUCCGAAGGUUAGAAGGUCUUCUCCAAAGCUCGAGAUCGACACUUCUGUUGCUCAUACUUCACAAACGACGAGUUGGAUCGAUACGCCUCUAUCCGCGACAAUUAUAUCACCAAUGAGCGCGUUUAGUAAACUCAAUUCCAGCAGUGACGCCAGUCCUAUCGAAAUUUCUCCUACCGACAGCGUUGUGAGCGGAAAGUCAUUCUUCACGGAUUCUGGGUAUUCCAGUGCUACAACACAGUCCGCUACUUCCUCCUCAACGCGCUUUGAUCGCUUCCCAAGCAUUGGCAAUAGGAAGGGAAAGAAGCGGGAAUUCGGGACCGUCUCUCAGGCUUGGAUCGAAACCACCGCCUUUUCCAUUCCUCACUCAAUAUCUUCAAUGGUGGCGAGACCAGAUGUCAUGGAAAAGGCUGACAGCUCUCCUAAUGUUGUACACUCUGCUGGCAGAUGUACGGGGUCUUCCAAACCGACAUUAACCUCGCCACAUUGGCACGAUGCGCCAAGUCUCGUCCGGGCCUUCUCAGAGAGUCUAAAUGCUCACCUGAAGCACACCAAAUCUGCUCUACAGAUGCUACCACAAACACCAAUCACGGUGGAACUUAUGUCUAUGUCAAGGACAUCAAUCUUUUCCGUUGGGCUGGAGGUGCUAACAGGCAUUCUCGAUGGCCGAAAUCCAACGGCCCUUGUCCAGAUAUUUGCCUUCACACACAUUGCUUGCGCCCUAGCGAUUGCGAUGGAAGAUGAUGAAGCGAAGAUUCAUACUCAUGAGUGGUUUCAAGAUUCUUUGCAGUGGGCAAGUGCCUUGAGAGGAGAGAGGCAGCAGAAGGGUUACGACACAGUGGCAAGGGUCAUUUGGCAACCUCUCGAAUCCUUAGUGUACGCCAUGCCCAGUUGUGCUAUUUCCAAGGAGAAUUCCUUGGCUAAAGCAUGCAUGCAUUUUUUGGAUAUAUUCGAGAGCUUUGGUUCCCAUCAAACAAAUGUCUCUAUAGCAGCUUCGCAAUUCAACUUCGCUCAAGCUUCAUUCGAACACAGAGCCAAAAUCUGUGUGAUUGACGAGCUAAUUAAGAAACCACGCAUUGAGGCUUUCAUUGAGGAUGUUGUCAACGUUGAGAGACGACUGCACCAGGGCCAAAUUCUCAACACUCGAAGCCUUGAACUUGAGCUCAUAUAUGCUGGCAAACUUGCAUCUCAGUCAGAUGCCACAUACAGCAGAUUUCUGCAACAUGUCACAUCACUCUGUGACGUUUUGUACGCCGCGGAAUCUUUGGGCAUGUCUAGAAGGGGAUACCAGGUGCGAGACAUAAGUCAAAUCAAGCAAUUGAUGCUUGAUGACAACUUCGACGAAGAGUCGGAACAUGGUGAUUUCAGACAUGCAGAAGAGCAAAAAACCUGCAUGUCCGAUCUCUAUGGUGAUGAUGAUGAUGAUAAUUUCUUGCUCCUAGAUCAGGAUUUCGUGUCAACUUCUGAGGAGGCUGUGGCAGUCGACAAACAUGACGUGGCAGUGUUCAGCCGUGACUGCGACGAAAUGCUCGGCUUCAUAGACGAUAGCCAAACCAGUGUCCACCUUGAGAGCCAUCAAUAUCGCAUGGUUGACUCAUCACCACCGACCCAAUCUCGAAAUAAAAAUACACAGCGCUCACAACCACCCAGAAUAAACGUCCUCCCACCAACCCCGGUGCCACCACCAGACUCCAUCGCGCCCGCCGCAUCUUCUUCCGCGUCCAUCUCCCCAUCACCAACAAAUACAAACCCUCCGACCCCCUGGAACUCCUCUUCCCAACACCGCUGCCACUGCGGCUACAUCCCAAGCGGCGAAGAGAAAUGGAAAGCCUCCAAUCUCCGCCGCCACAAACGUGUCCAGCAUGCUGCGGAAUCGAAAGUUUAUGUUUGUCGCUGGAGAGGGUGCAAGAGCUCGUUUACGAGGAGCGAUAAUUUGAGGUGUCAUGUUAGGGAGAAGGGCCAUUAUGAGGGGGCUGAGGGGAGGAAUGGUGAGGGUGGUGGUGGCCGAGGCAGUGGUGGCGGAGCUACGGAGGAGGAGGAGCCGACGAGGAGGAAGAGGAGGAGGGUUGGUGAGGAUGGUAACAAAAGAGUUUGA